AUGAUCAAAACGCUCCCUUUCGGCGACAUCGAGGUCCCGGUCCCUGGCUUUGGGGCCAUGGGUUUUAACCAUGGCCUUGGGCAAAACUUCACCUUGGAACAAGCCGAGCCGGUGCUGCUCAAAGCUCUUGAGCUUGGAUGCACAUUCUGGGAUACUGCAGUUAUCUAUGGUCUUGGAGUAAACGAGAAAAUCCUUGGGGACUUCAUCCGCAAACACAAUGUUCGCGACAAGAUCUUCCUUGCAUCCAAGUGCGGUAUCCUCUUGCCCAAGGGCGGCCUUGACAUGUCCCGUCCGCAGAUGACCGUCACCAACAAGCCUUCCCACAUCAGGGAGUACAUCGAAGGCACUAUUGAGCGGCUUGGAUUCACCCCUGACCUGUACUACCUCCAUCGCAUUGACCCGAACACGCCCCUUGAAGAGUCGAUCCCUGUCCUUGACGAGCUCCGAAGGACGGGCAAGACGAAAUACAUUGGGCUCUCGGAAUGCUCGGCCGCGACCUUGCGCAAAGCACACUCCAUCGCCAAGAUUGACGCCGUCCAGGCAGAGUACUCCGCUUUCGAGACGCUGCACGAAACGGAUGGCCUGAUCGACGCUGCCAGAGAGCUCGGCGUGGCCUACGUGGCUUACGGCCCGCUGGGACACGGCUGGCUGGUGGACGACUUUGCGUACAACAGUCCCGACGACUUUGCCCCCAACGACGGCCGCCGCAGCAUCCCCAAGUUCCAAGGCGAGAACUUCUACAAGAACCGGGCCAUCGUGCGCGAGAUGCGGAAGCUCGCCGCCAAGAAGGGCUGCACGACCGCGCAGGUGGCCCUCGCCUGGGUCGCCGCGCAGGGUUUCAUCUCCAUCCCGGGUACGACCAAGGUCCACCGGCUGGAGAAGAACUGGGCGUCGCGCGAGGUGGAGCUGACCGAGGCCGAGAUGGCCGAGAUGCGCCGCAUCGUCCAGGAGGCCAAGCCGCAGGGGAAUCGGUACGACGAGGCCCUCCAGAAGAUGGUGGGCCAUUGA